CUUUCUGAUCAGAAGUGAAGAUGGCCUUCUGCCUCAGGGCUUUGGCUUUGGCCAUUAAACAGCCCAUUUCAUAUGUCUAUGACCAUGUCUUCAAGAAAAUUGGAGUUUUAGCACAGAGACAGGACACUGAAACAAAUUCCACAGAGGAAAGGAGUGUACUGAGGAGCUCGGUCUGCAGAAUACUACAAGCAAUGGAAGCCAUUAGGAUCCAAGAGCCUCAGGUCGCCCCAGGAAUGGGUGCAUCUUGCCGUGGGAGUCAACAUCGCCCUAAGGAACCUGUCCGCCACAUGCCGACACCUAUCCGCGUUACUGCAAAAAACGCCACAGAUGGAUGGUGCGGGCUCAGCACUUCGACCUACAGAAUACUGCAGGAGAUGGAAGCCGGGAAGUAUAGGCCAAGAGUGAUGCCACCACCAAGAUUGCGCCUAGCAGCAUCACCCGCACCAAAGCGCCAGCCUGCACCCUCAGUUGCAGCCCUGCCCAGCACUGCGACCAAGAAGGCCCAUGUUGCGGUCACGGGAGGGAAAGGCACAAAGGGAUGGUGCGGGCUCAGCGGCUGCUCCUCUCGAGUUCUCCAAGCCCUGGAAGCCAUGCAGGGACCAAAGGAAAAGGCUCUGCACCCACAAGUCGUCAUUAACAAAAAUAGGAAAGAAGGCCGCUUCCAGAUAUUAAAGUGCCUCCGGAAGUUGGAUGAGGAGACUCCGCAGAGCCCAGCUCUGCCAACCACCCCCAGACUAUCAACACCACCACAGCCCCUGCCUCCACCUCCAUCAGCUCCAGUCCUGCAAAGCACUGCAGGCUCCCUCAAGAGCACCGGAGAUGUGCGACCAAAGGAAAAGGCUCUACACCCACAAGUCGUCAUUAACAACAAUAGGAAAGAAGGCCGUUUCCAGAUAUUAAAGUGCCUCCGGAAGUUGGAUGAGGAGACUCCGCAGAGGCCAGGUCUGCCAACCAGCCCCAGACAAUCAACAACACCACAGCCCCUGCCGGCUCCUCCAUCAGUUCCUGUCCCAUCCAGCACUGCAGGCUCCUUCGAGAGCCCUGGAUAUGUGGGACCAAAGGAAAAGGCUGUGCACCUACAAGUCGUGGUUAACAAGAAUUGGAAAGAAGGCCGCUUCCAGAUAUUAAGGUGCCUCCGGAAGCUGGAUGAGGAGACUCCGCAGAGGCCAGGUCUACCAACCAGCCCCAGACUAUCAACACCAUCACAGCCCCUGCCGGCUCCUCCAUCAGCUCCUGUCACACCAAGCACCGCAGGCUCCAUCGAGAGCACCAGAGAUGUGGAGACUCCGCAGAGGCCAGGUCUGCCAACCAGCCCCAGACAAUCAACACCACCACAGCCCCUGCCGGCUCCUCCAUCAGUUGCUGUCCCAUCCAGCACUGCAGGCUCCUUCGAGAGCCCUGGAUAUGUGGGACCAAAGGAAAAGGCUGUGCACCUACAAGUCGUGGUUAACAAGAAUUGGAAAAAAGGCCGCUUCCAGAUAUUAAGGUGCCUCCGGAAGCUGGAUGAGGAGACUCCGCAGAGGCCAGGUCUACCAACCAGCCCCAGACUAUCAACACCAUCACAGCCCCUGCCGGCUCCUCCAUCAGCUCCUGUCACACCAAGCACCGCAGGCUCCAUCGAGAGCACCAGAGAUGUGGAGACUCCGCAGAGGCCAGGUCUGCCAACCAGCCCCAGACAAUCAACACCACCACAGCCCCUGCCGGCUCCUCCAUCAGUUGCUGUCCCAUCCAGCACUGCAGGCUCCUUCGAGAGCCCUGGAUAUGUGGGACCAAAGGAAAAGGCUGUGCACCUACAAGUCGUGGUUAACAAGAAUUGGAAAAAAGGCCGCUUCCAGAUAUUAAGGUGCCUCCGGAAGCUGGAUGAGGAGACUCCGCAGAGGCCAGGUCUACCAACCAGCCCCAGACUAUCAACACCAUCACAGCCCCUGCCGGCUCCUCCAUCAGCUCCUGUCACACCAAGCACCGCAGGCUCCAUCGAGAGCACCAGAGAUGUGGAGACUCCGCAGAGGCCAGGUCUGCCAACCAGCCCCAGACGAUCAACACCACCACAGCCCCUGCCGGCUCCUCCAUCAGUUGCUGUCCCAUCCAGCACUGCAGGCUCCUUCGAGAGCCCUGGAUAUGUGGGACCAAAGGAAAAGGCUGUGCACCUACAAGUCGUCGUUAACAAGAAUUGGAAAAAAGGCCGCUUCCAGGUAUUAAGGUGCCUCCGGAAGCUGGAUGAGGAGACUCCGCAGAGGCCAGGUCUGCCAACCAGCCCCAGACGAUCAACACCACCACAGCCCCUGCCGGCUCCUCCAUCAGUUCCUGUCCCAUCCAGCACUGCAGGCUCCUUCGAGAGCCCUGGAUAUGUGGUUCAAAGCGAGGAGAAGCUGGCCACAGUGAUGCCUUUCAAUGUUUGUACUCCACAUGAUUAUUUAUAUUAUCUAUAUUAUUUAGUAUUAUUUGUAUACAUUUAUGAGUGCAUAGAACUGGACGAGUGUGUCUUGGCAGCAUGCAAUCAUUCCCUCAUAGGUUGACAAGCUGUCUUUAUAAGGAUCUUAUUUCAUGCCCAUUAUCAUGGGCUGUCUGUUGGAGAACUAAAUAGCAGCGCUGAAUUGUGCAGAAAUGUACUUUGCUCUGCUGAUACGGAAUUGUUGCAGUAUUGGAUUGUCAGUUUGGUUGUUACAGAGAAUCCUGAACUGUAAUUGGUGGUGGUUGCUCUAAUGGUAUCUUGCCUGUAUUUCUACCUCUAGCAAUGGACAUUCUGGGCUGGAUUUAAAUACCUUGAGCCUGGGCAAAUGCAUAAGUCUUUUGAGAAAGAAACCUGGUUUACUUACACAUUACUUCCUCAUUCUGAAGAGGUGGAUCAAUGCCCUUGAAGGUGGUCUUUGUGGGUGCGAAGCCCCUAUGGGGUUGAGGUGCUCUUCAAGGUGUUUUGGAAUUGGACCCAGGACACCAAUUACUACUGGGAUUAUUUUGGUCUUUUUCUGCCACAGCCUUUCAGUUUCAAUUUGUAGAUCUUUGUAUUUUGUGAUUUUUCUCUAUUUCUUUUUCUUCUUUUCUGCUGUCACCUGGUAUUGCUAUGUUGAUUAUUUUGACUUGUUUUUCUUUCUUCUCAACUACAUUAAUAUCUGGUGUAUUGUGUGGCAGAUGUUUGUCUGUUUGUAGUCGGAAGUUCCAUAAUAUUUUUGCAUCUUCAUUUUCUACAACUUUUUCAAUUUUAUGGUCCCACCAACUUUUGGCUACAGAUAGCUUGUAUUUUUUGCAGAUAUUGUUGAUGUUGUUGUUGUAAUUUCUUGUUUACACAGCCAUACAGGUGUUAUUGGCUGGUUUGUUGUCUCCAGACAUCAAGUCCUUCCUAAGGACCUGGGAUGGCUGGAUUUUAUUAUCAAUAUUGUUGUGGUUGUUAUCGUCACAGAACAUAGGCUCUUCCCAGUAAAGCUGUUUUUUGUAAUUGGCUGAUGGUGAUUUCUGUGGCCACUAUGGUUUUGAGGUGCUCUUCAAGGUGUUUUGGAAAUGCAUCUAGGGCGCCAAUUACUACUGGGAUUAUUUUGGUCUUCUCCUGCCACAGCCUUUCAAUUUCAUUUUGUAGAUCUUUGUGUUGUUGUUUCUUUC